UGCUUCUCCUGCUGCAUGGUAAAAAAAAAAAACGAGCUACUGACCAGUGUGUUUUAAUCUCUAGCAGAACCCAAGCUAGCUGUUGUCAAAAAGAAAAGAAAAAAGCUUGGUAGAUUUGUGCGACUUGAAGGAGCCGAGCUCCAAGCCUCCCAAUGGAGCAAGAGACGCUCUCCUUCCCAUGGCGACGAGCAUCGUCAGCCACAGAUUCCGGCACAGGAACCUCAGGGUGGGAACCGCAGGGGCAGUCGUGGACGGACAUCCCGUCGGACAUCCUUGGCAUCGUGGUGGGCCGCCUCCCCUGCGUGGAGGACCGCGCCAGGCUGCGCUCCGUCUGCGGCGCCUGGCGCGCGGCGGCGCGCCUCCACAGGCCGCCGCCGGCGCCGCUUCCCCUGCUCGUGUACUCCAACUUUGCCUUCUCCAGCUUCUCCCCCGACGGGGCCAUGACGGGCGCGCGCCGCAUCCCGUUAUCCAAGGAGGUGGCGGCUGACGACGUCCGUUGCGUGGGCUCGUUCGAGGGGUGGCUCGUCGGCGUGCGGCUCAACAAAGGCCGCUACUUUGGUGAUGGCAAGUGCUUCUUGAUGAAUGCUUUCUCCCGGGAUGUUGUCCAUCUCCCACCUCCUUCUGCAUCCUCCCAUUUCGUCGAUGCCUACAGUAGUUCUCUCCCCAUCGUCGGUGGCUCUGGUGUGGUUGAGUGCACAGUCAACUCCGUGCAAUACGUGAUGGCGUUCUGCAAGGUGAUCUUGUCUUCAUCACCUGAUUCUGGGUCCAAGUGCACUGUGGCUGCCAUCUCGGUGCACAGGAACGGAGCAAAGCUCGCUCUCUGGCGGCCUGGGAUGACGUCGUGGUGCGUGUGCCUUGGUGGCUGCAUCAGCAAGUUCAGUGAUAUUACCUUCUUCCAGGGGAAGGUCUACAUGCUCAGCAAGCUCACCACCAACCUCUUUGCCAUUGAGAUAAAGGAUGGCGAUCACGGGCUAAUGGUUUCUCGUGUCGAACGUUGUGUGGCUGAGCUGCCUGAAGUCAAGGAUAGCUACGGACAGAGGUGGAACUUGGUAGAAUGGCAUGGAAAUUUAUUGCUUGUCGCCAGAUACUUGGGUGGUGGUGAAGGCUGGCACAACAUUUGUAAGGUCGGCAUGUAUAUAGUGGAUUUGAGCACAAAACCUUUUCGAUUUACUGAGGUCAACACCUUGGAUGGUGACUGUAUCUUCAUCAGUCCUUGCAGCAGCAAGUCAUUUCAUGCGUGUGAGUAUGACGGGGUGGAAGACGAUGUUAUCUACUUCAUUGAUGGCUAUCUGUACCCUGCUAAAAAUGGGCCCCCUUUUGAUAAGUUUAUGUACAACUUGAGAGAUGGUACAUUGGCACCAUUUGCUGCAGACAUAUCAGAGUACAACUUUCGGGCAUCAGAUGGCAAGCUCAUGAGUCCAACAUGGUUGUUUCCUUCUGAAUGAACUGCUGCAGGUCAACUCUGAUCUUAACCAGUCUUUAGUCUAUCAGAAGUCCUGAUGCUGCUUGGUGUUGAGGAUCAUGCUGUUUGCUUUUCAGGAAAUAAAAAAAAGUGGUGUAUGCUGUUGUCUAAUUCUGAUUAUUAUGAUGCUUGUUGACUUAAACUAUAGUAUUCUGUAGUAAACUGAUGUGUACUUCCUUUCCCAAUUCCUAUGUAGAAGGUCAGUUGUUUUAUAUUUGUGGGAAAUCUUUAGUUAGGUCAGUGGUUUCAUAUUAACUGGAUUGUAGUGGUUCGACAAUGCUUCUGUGGCAGUUUCUUUUUAUAGAAACCUUCGUAACAGUUUCUACUCUUGCAA